AUGGGUGACUGGAACUUAUUGGGGAGUAUUUUGGAGGAAGUCCAUAUUCACUCCACUAUCGUGGGUAAAAUUUGGCUGACCAUCCUGUUCAUAUUUCGGAUGCUUGUCCUUGGCGUGGCAGCGGAAGACGUAUGGGAUGAUGAGCAAAGCCAGUUUAUCUGCAACACAGACCAGCCAGGAUGCAAGAACGUCUGUUAUGAUCAGGCGUUCCCAAUAUCUCUCAUCCGCUUCUGGGUGCUCCAAGUCAUCUUCGUGUCCUCACCCUCCCUGGUGUACAUGGGACAUGCUCUGUACAGACUGAGGGCUCUGGAGAAGGAGAGGCACCGGAGGAGAGCUCAGCUUAGAGCGGAGCUGGAAGAAACAGAAGCCCUGAUGGAGGAGCACAAAAGGUUGGAGAGGGAGCUGAGGAAACUGGAGGAGCAGAAGAAGGUGAAGAAGGCUCCAUUGCGGGGUUCUUUACUACGCACAUAUAUCAUUCAUAUCCUAACCAGAUCAGUGGUGGAAGUGGGGUUUAUAGUGGGUCAGUAUAUCUUAUACGGGAUAGGACUGGAUCCUUUGUACAAGUGCGAGAGGGUGCCUUGCCCGAACAGCGUUGACUGUUAUGUCUCCAGGCCAACAGAAAAGACUAUUUUCAUGGUUUUUAUGAUCGUCAUUGCUGGUGUCUCUCUGUUUCUGAAUCUCCUGGAAAUAUCCCACUUGGGAGUAAAGAAAAUUAAACAGACAUUAUCUGGUUUGCAGUUCACGGAGGAUAACAGUCUGAGCAAACCACAGAACAAACCAACUAUUCAGCAACUGUGUGUGAUGACAGACUUGUCACCUCACAAAAAUACAAAGUUGACAACCUUCAUUAUGCAGGACCGAAUGGAGCCUCCUCCUCUGUACCCUAACGCUGGCAUGAACCCAAGCUCUGAGAUACCCAGACACAGCAGCUUUGCUGGGUCUAACCUCCCUGUAACCUGUGUGAGCCAACAGCCAAGACAACUGCGUCUGUUAAGCCAUGGAAUGAUCCCAGACAUGCGCUUUCAAGCUCCUGUGGAGCAGGAGAGCGCUGAUGAAAUUCAAGACCAGCGUGCAGAAAGUAGUAAUGGCUCAAACAGGGACAGCAGACCAUCAAACUCAGGUCCACAGAGUCAUGACGAUUUACAUGCGCAAGGCCCCGCCCAUUUGGAGAUACCAGCCUAUCUACGUAGCGCGUUGCACAGGCCGAGUAGAGUGACCGACCUGGGGGACGACGUCCUGGACUCUACAGACAGCGACUUUUACCCACAUCCAAGGAAAGCCAGCUUCAUGGCCCGCAUGCCUUCAGACAGCGAGUCCAGAAGUGCUCCCAGCUGUACCUCCUCAAGGAGCUCAGUGUCAGAGCUAGGCUCGCUGAACAAUGGCCUGCCUAUGAAUCCACCACCAGGGGGACGGAGAAUGUCAAUGAGUGUGUUCUUGGACAUCUCUUCCAUCAUGAAGAAGUGA